AUGGAGAAGGACGGCCUGAGCCGUGCCGACCAGCAGUACGAAUGCGUGGCGGAGAUCGGGGAGGGCGCCUAUGGGAAGGUGUUCAAGGCCCGGGACCUGAAGAACGGAGGCCGUUUCGUGGCGCUGAAGCGCGUGCGAGUGCAGACCGGCGAGGAGGGCAUGCCGCUCUCUACCAUCCGCGAGGUGGCGGUGCUGAGGCACCUGGAGACCUUCGAGCACCCCAACGUGGUCAGGUUGUUUGAUGUGUGCACAGUGUCACGAACAGACAGAGAAACCAAACUAACAUUAGUGUUUGAACAUGUUGAUCAAGACUUGACCACUUAUUUGGAUAAAGUUCCAGAGCCUGGAGUGCCCACUGAAACCAUAAAGGAUAUGAUGUUUCAGCUUCUCCGAGGUCUGGACUUUCUUCAUUCUCACCGAGUGGUACAUCGUGAUCUAAAACCACAGAACAUUCUGGUGACCAGCAGUGGACAAAUAAAACUGGCUGACUUCGGCCUUGCCCGCAUCUACAGUUUUCAGAUGGCUCUUACCUCAGUGGUCGUCACGCUGUGGUACAGAGCUCCAGAAGUCUUGCUUCAGUCCAGCUACGCCACCCCUGUGGACCUCUGGAGUGUUGGUUGCAUAUUUGCAGAAAUGUUUCGUAGAAAGCCGCUUUUUCGUGGAAGUUCAGAUGUCGAUCAGCUAGGAAAAAUCUUGGAUGUAAUUGGACUCCCGGGAGAAGAGGACUGGCCUAGAGAUGUUGCCCUCCCCAGGCAGGCUUUUCACUCAAAAUCUCCUCAACCAAUUGAGAAGUUUGUAACAGAUAUUGAUGAACAAGGCAAAGACCUACUUCUGAAGUGCUUGACAUUUAAUCCAGCCAAAAGAAUAUCGGCCUACAGUGCCCUGUCUCACCCAUACUUCCACGACCUGGAGAGGUGCAAGGAAAACCUGGAUGCCCACCUGCCGCCCAGCCAGAACAGCUCAGAAAUGAAUACAGCCUGAGCUGCCUUGAGCUGAUCAUCCGGAGAACCUCCUUGGUAGCUGAUGGGUCCCCUGAGUAAGCCCUGCAGAGCUGCUGAGGAUCACUGGCUGGAGACUUUCUAGCUGCCAUCUUCUGGAUGGGCUCUGCUUCUCUGAGGAAACAGCCUCGUUUACUGUUUUGAAAUCAAUGCAAGAGUGAUUGCAGCUUUAUGUUCAUUCGUUUGUUUGUUUGUCUGUUUGUUUUAAGAACCUGGAAAAAUUCCAGAAGAGAAGCUGCUGACCAAUUGUGCUGCCAUUUCAUUUUUCUGAUCUUGAAUGCUGCCAGUGUGAAGUGAGCAAUCCAGACACAGCUGAGUUAUGAUGUAAUCUCUCUGCAGGUGCUGGAGCCUGAUUUGGUACUUUUGAGUGAGUGUGUGUGCGUGUGCAUGUGUGUGCGUGUGUGUGUGUGUGUGUGUGUAUGAUUCUUGAUCUCUUAAAAAGUGUUACUUUCUGUAAACAACAAGAAUAAUUGAAUUUUAAAGGCUCAAAGUGACCGCUAAAUAACAGGUGUCUGUUGACUAAAGGUGAUUCACCAAAAUGGGCUUCUCAGAUUUAAAGUUGAGCCUAUGUCCUUAGCAUUUCUUUUCUGGCCCAAAGCAGUAAAUUUGCUAAUAGUAAAAGGUCCACUAUCUAGGUGAAGUUUUAUACACACAGCAAAAAGAAAAAAAAAAAUUCUACUAUCUUUUAAGAAACCUGUUUUUUGA